AUGCUCGAAAUGGACUUCGUUGGGAUCGCCAGCGUUGCGAGGGCGGCGGCCCACCUGACCCCUAGAUAUCACUUCGCAGCUAGUCCUAUGCACGUCGCCUUUGAAAUGGCGCCAUACAAAAAUGACAAUAACCGUCCUAUGACUAGAUUCGUUGCUUUAGCUGAUGCGUUCAACAAAAAGAAACAAAAGUACGUCUACGCUCUUUCUGCGACGCCGCUUCGAAUUAUGAACCCGGCGGAACUGUUCCAUGUCCCAGAAGGCGUCAAAGAGUCCCCUCUGACGUACUGGCACGCGGCAAAUCGUACCAAAGAAAAAAAAAAUGCGAGCCGCUGGAACGAGUUAGACCCUCUCCGCGCUGACUCUAGUUGGAUGCCAGGCAGCAAUGAGAACUCAACGGCGUCGAAGAGGAACCCGACCGAUCAUCCGGAUCAAACAAGGUACAACCCCAAAAGACACCGAAGAGCGUCUCUCAAAUGCCGACAACACCCAAUGAUGAACAGAAUGCAGGGAUGUUGGUUUUGUCUUUCGAAUCCAGAAGUCGAACAACACCUGAUCUUUUCAGUAGGGGAAGAGGCCUAUCUGGCCAUGGCAAAGGGCGGCAUCACCAACGAACACAUCCUAAUCAUCCCCAUCGAUCACGGGCCAUCCAUCUCAUCUGUAAAUCCCAGCGUAUGGACAGAAAUAACUAAAUACCUAGCAUCUCUAUCGACUUGCUUCAAGUCCGAAGGCAACGCCAUGCUGGCUUGGGAGUCGGCUUUCAAGAAAAACUCGGAUGCCCGAGUCCACGCUCACCUUCAAAUCGUCGCAGUUCCCGAGUCAAUCGCCGACGAAAUCGGCCAACGGUUUCAGAGAGAAUCGGAAAAAAUGGGCAUAUCGCUCGAAAAAAGAGAUCCAGAUUCGAAACCAAUCACCGAAGCGACCUAUUUCUUCCUGAGAAUCAGAGAGACCGAAUGGCUGGCCACUAUCUCUCCUCAUGUCCACGUCCCCCUUCAGUUCGCUCGCCAAGUGGUUUCCGACGCCCUGGGCACGCCAGAAAGAGAAGACUGGAAAUCCUGUACCAACACAAAAGAAGAAGAAGAACAAAUCGUCGCACAAUUCGCAGAACUUUUUUCUGACUAUGACUUCAAUCGGACUUAA